GAAGCUGUACUAGAUAUGAACAUCUUCAAGAUUUUAUUAAUAUGCACAGUGUUUUCACACAUUGCAGCAGAUAUUCAGAUGUUAAUUAACCCAGUGAAUUUGCCUGAAAACACACUUCCGGGGACACAACUAAGUCGAGCUUAUGAUAAGGAUGUAGCCGGCAAAGCAAAUGUCUACCACUUCCUGAAUAAAACAAAGGAUUUUAUCAUCGAUGCAAUAGAUUCUGGUGUAAUCACAUCUACCAAAAUUUUCAAUUAUGAAACUGAUCCCAGAAGAUUUCUACUGAUAGUUGAUACUGGAGGGCUCUUGAGACAUGUUUUGACCAUUAAUAUCAUCGAUGUUGCGGAACCUCCCGACUGUACUGCUGAUCUCCAAUUUUCUUCAGGCACAGCUACCUUGGAAAUUGAUGAGGACUAUCCAUUAUUUCAGUCCCUUUACAGAAUGACAGCUACAGAUGAGGACUCUUCAAAUGGUGACACACUGGUGUAUUCCAUUGAGACACAGUUAUCUGGACCAAAGAAAGGGGCAAAUUCUUUUGGAGUGGAUUUGAUAAGUGGCAUUGUUAGCUUGAGUGGCAAAGAUCUCUUGGACUUUGAUGCUGGAUAUCAUGUUUUCCAGCUUGCAUUGAGAGCAACAGAUAAAACAGGUCUGUUCUGUCAAGGGACACUAAUUAUCAAAAUCAGGAACAUAAAUGAUGAGAAGCCUCAAUUUGAGCCAUUUCCUCUGAAUUCUAUUAAUGUGACUGAAAAUAAACCUGUUGGAGAAAUUGUAGCAAGAGUAAAAGCAACAGAUAGAGAUGAAGAUAGCAACAUCAGUUAUUCCUUUAAAACUCAGCAGAAAAAGUUCGGUCUGGACCCUUUCACAGGUAUAAUCACCAUUCUUCAGCCUUUGAAUCUUGACAACCCAAAUAACCCAAAAAUCUACUCUUUGGAAAUUGAGGCCAGAGAUAAUGGAAAUAAUACCAGUACCUAUAUGUUUACAGUUUUUGUGGAGAAUAUAGAUGAUCCUAUUGUCUGUGACUCAAGUUUUUCAACAGGAGCAGGUGUUUCAGUAUCUGUUCCUGAAAAUGUUCCUGCAUCUGCUUUUAUAUAUAAGAUUCUUGCAAGAGAUCCAGAUCCAGGGCAAGAAGUUGAAUUUUUAAUAUUAAAUUCUUCAGUUAAAGCUACUGCCUACUUUGCUUUGGAUUUGUACAAUGGUAUUAUUUCUAAGACUACAGAACCUCUUCUGGACUAUGAAACAAAUCCUAAGCAAUUCCAGAUAGUGGUUGCUGUGAGAAACAGAGAGAACCUGUCUCUGGAGUCUUGUGUUGGCACCAUCACUAUAAAUAUCAAGAAUGUUAAUGAUGAGGGUCCUGUUCUUACAUACAUACCAGAUGCACCUAUAAAUAUUUAUGAAAAUUUGCCUGUUGGAACAAAGCUAGUCAAGUUGACAGCAACUGAUAGAGAUACAGGAGACUCAGUGCAUUAUGAAUUUAUAGGUACACAAAAAGAAUUUUCAAUAAAUGAAGACUCAGGAGAGGUCAUGAUUGCCUAUCCUUUGGAUUAUGAAGAUGCAGCCACCCCACAUUCUUGGAUACUACAUUUUAGAGUUUAUGACAAUGGACGAGAGCAUUCCACAACUGGAACACUCACAGUGAUUCUACAAGAUGUCAAUGACAAUCCACCUCAUUGUCCUCAAGAUAUUUACACAAUUGAACUUCCUGAAAAUAUUCCACUUGAAACUCUUGUAGUCUGUCUAACUUGUACCGAUAAGGAUGGAACUGUUCCUAAUAACAAUAUCACUUAUCAUUUGAUCAAGGAUACUUUUUCAAAUGAAACCUUUACUCUCACAAACAAUGAACUGAGAGUUGGACCUACACAUCUAGAUUAUGAUAAUGCUGUUUUUGCAGGAAUGCACUUCAAAUAUACAUUGUUUGUGAAAGUUUCAGAUGAAGGAAGUCCUGUGCUAUCAACAAUGAUUACAAUCAUCAUAAGGGUGAGUCGCAUAAAUGAACUGAAUCCAAUUGGAACUAUGUCAGCAUUUACCUUCGGUGUAUUUGAAAAUAGUCCAGCUGAUACUCUAGUUGGAAGAAUUACAUUUACUGAUGCAGACUGGCCAUUUAAUAAUAUAAAAUAUACUAUUAUUGGAGGCAAUUUGGGAUCACCUCAUAAAUUUUACAUUGAACCAGACACAGGAAUGAUAAAGCUAUUGGAAUCAUUGGACAGGGAAACUGAAUCACAGUACAAAAUAACUGUGAGGAUAACCGAUUUUGACAAUGAUGCUGUCCCUGACCCCCUCAGACAGAGAAGUGGUACUGCUCAGGUGACUGUCAAUGUUCUGAAUAUGAAUGAUGAGCCUCCUGUAUGUAACCCACCACAUCUGGAAACUCAGAUUAAUUCUACAAUUAAGAUUCCUUUUAUUCAGCUCAACUGUUCAGACAAAGAUUCUCCACAGGAAGAGCUGAGCUAUUCAAUUGUUGGAGGAAAUACAAAUAAUCAAUUCACACUUUGGAGACAAGGUGUUGAUCCUCCUUCUCUGGCCACCACUCAGAAUUUCCAGUAUGAUGUGUAUCAAGGGAUUCAGGAUCCUAUGACUUUCCAGCUACUUAUUGAGGUUACUGAUGAAUUAGGUGGGAAAAAAGCUAGUCAACUGUCAGCCACUGCAACAGUCAUAAUUCACGUAUUUCCUUGGACCACACUGCAGCCAACUUUUUCCACAAAAACAACUACAGCUACAAUUACCACUUCUGUCUUAAUAAAGAUUUCAUAUUAUUGGAGCCCUGAUAACUGGAUUCCUGCAGUGCUAACUCUAACAGGAGUUCUUUUUAUGAUGUGUCUCUAUGCUGUUGCAUGGUGCCUCUUCAAAGAUUCUCCUUCCUGUUCAAGAUUUUUUCCCUACUGUCAGAAACAUCAGCAGAUUGGUCUAAGUCUUACUACCAAGGAGCCUGGGCAGGUACCUAGGCACAGAAACCUAUUGAACAGUGACCAAAAACCAGACACAAAGCCAAACUUACUGCCUGGAAAUCCUCAGGUAAGGGCAAAGAGUAAACCAUGUCACAGGUAUUGCAAUAGCUAUUCUUUCAUUUUUCAUAACAUCCAGACAACAAAAAGUAUUUGCAAGUAAAUUAUAGUGAACAGUAACUCACAAGGAGAAAUGAAAGAAUUUAUGUAAAUCACUUG